UUUUGCAUUCACUGCUUUCAUAUUCUCAUUCAAUUUACAGUUUGAUGUAGGCCUACUAAACAAUACAUGAUGAAAUUUCAGGACAUUUUAUUUGACUUUUAUGUACUAUUUAUGUAAAUACGUAACAUGUUGGCCAAUCAGGAGCCUGAAAAAGUUUCCAGUAGGCGGAGAUAACAGCGCAGGCUCUGGUUUCGCUGUCUACACGAUAACGCCCGUUUCACACCGCAAGCGUGAGCGGCGCGUGAGCAGCGCGUCAGCGUAACUACAGCGUCGCUGCAGCUGCAAACUCGCGAGAGUAUUCACACCGGAAGCGUUAGUAGAGCGUGACGGCCGCAGCGACUCCAAAAGCAAGACUUUUGUAUAGAAUGUGCUGUUUUUCGACUCUAAGGUGGACAAAUUUCAAACAAUGGUGCCUGUUGUAGACAGAAGAAGAGUCACCGCACUUUACCUUUUGCUGAAAAAUUUGCGUAAAAGGAGGCGGCGAAGAAUAUGGGUGCAUCCUAUCAACCAGCGCAGGAGACAGUUUGGUGCUUUCCACCAUCUAGUCACGGAACUGCGCCUGGAUGACGACCGUCAUUUGAAAUAUUUUCGAAUGAGUGCUGAGCAAAUGGAUGAGCUACUUUCUGUCGUUGGACCUGAGCUGGCAAGACAGUCUACAAAUUACCGAGCAGCCAUCGAACCCAAACAGCGACUUGCAAUUACACUGAGAUUCCUAGGGACUGGGGAAAGCUUCUCAAGCCUUGCCCUACAAUAUCGUCUUGGGACAAGCACUGUUUCUGGGAGUGUGCAUACAACUUGCAGAACAAUUGAGAGCCAAAUGUUGGCAAUGCAGUUUCCAAAGCCAACAGAAGACAUGUGGAAAGUCAUCGCUGGGAAAUUUUGGUCUAAAUGGAACUUUCCAAACUGCAUCGGUGCCAUCGAUGGCAAACAUGUAAACAUAGUGGCACCUGCACAUUCAGGGAGUAUGUUCUUUAACUACAAGAAGACAUUCUCUAUUGUUCUGCUCGCUUUAGUAGAUGCCGACUACAAAUUUACAUUCAUUCAAGUUGGAGACUUUGGCCGAGCCAGUGAUGGUGGGGUUUUUCAAAACUCAAUCCUCGGAAGAGGUAUGGAGGCAAAAGAUUUGUCUGUGCCAGCAGAUAACCCUUUACCAGGAUCUGGUGUUCAUGGUCCCAUGCCGUAUACCAUGGUUGCAGAUGCAGCAUUCCCCUUGAAGACCUACAUGAUGCGUCCAUUUCCAGGGAGCAACAUUCCAAGAUGGAGGCGCAUUUUCAAUUAUAGGCUAUCUCGAGCCAGGAUGGUAGUUGAGUGUGCUUUUGGGAUUCUUUCAGCAAGAUGGAGAGUACUCCACACAAGACUGAAUAUGAAGCCAGAAAAUGCGGAUGCCGUGGUAAUGGCAACAUGUAUCUUGCAUAAUUACCUCAUGACCCCAUCUCAGAACCAAACAUGGCUAGAUGAGGCUGAAGAGAGAGGAAAUGUGCUGCCAGCGGUCAGAAACAUGGGUGGAAACAGGGGGAGUAGAGAAGCGUACGACGUGCGUGAAAGGUUUUGCACAUUUUUCUGUUCCCCGGAGGGCAGAGUUGCAUGGCAGGACCAAAUGGUUUAGGGAAUACUACGAUAAGAACAUACUGUAUAGAGUGCUUUACAGAUUAAAAAAACCCCAGUGUCAAUAAAAGUUAAUUAAGACGGUGUACAUAGUGUUCUUUGUUAUGUAAAUAAAUUCUUCUUAAAAAUCAAUUGUUCAUGUUUCAUUUAUAAUAUACAAAAGGAUUGACCAGGAAAGGUGUGUAUAUAUGCAGAAGAUUACAUGCAAAUUAAACAUUUAUAUUUUAUAUAUAUCUUUUAAUUUCAUAAGUAUAAACAUGUUUGUUUAAUGUAUACUACAGUACAUGUUGAUAUAGACAUAUGAAGAACAUUUUUCGACUUCAGUCAAAUUUGUCCAUUUAAUAUUACACCACGGCGUUGAGAGGAAGGACAACUACCAUUUAUGAUGUUUUGUACAAAAAAAGACAGGUGAUCACUGUGCGUGACUGAGUUACAUACAAUAAUCAAUACAUUGUUACACAUAUUUUAAAAAUACAGCUAAUGAUUUAGAAAUUUAGUAGCCUAGUCCGCUUUUCUCUAUGGAACUGAUUACAGUUAAAUAUGAAAUUGAUAACUUACCAUCUGAAGAAACUGCAGAAGCAACUUCAACCCAGGCCUUUUCCUUUGAAGAUAAGUCUUUGUAAUAUUUAUUGGUGGGAUCAUAAAGCACUUUGUGUUUUUCGACCUCUACGAUCAGCCUCGUGUCAUCCAUUGCUGCACAUGAAUGAGGUUAAAUUGGGUAGCGCUAGAGCAGAUAUGUUUAUUUUCUAUUAAUUAAAUUUUUUUAUUUUAUUAUUAUUAUACAUGUAUUUUUAUAGUGCUUUAUGCAAUCCAAAACUGCGUCAAAGCAGCUUUUUCUCGAUGCAAAAAAAACAUUAAAUUCUGCCGUGAAUCAGCUCAUUUUCUGGCUUUUUUCUUUUCUCUCAGUACACCAUGCUCGCACCCAAACAAAUAAUUAAAAACACAAUUUAUAUCUUCUGUAGCCUACAUAUUUUGGAUUCUUAAUUUUCUUUUGACAACAAUUCUUGUUAAACACACUAGACAUGCAUAUUCUGUGCAUUUUUAGCACGUUUUGUAUGAAAUCAUAUUUAUUUUGUCCAUCAAAAGUGUGCUGUCACUUUAAUUGAGCGUGAGCGGCACAGCAAAAAUAGACUCGGCGCCGAAACCAUCGCUGCAGCGCUGCUCACGCGACGCUCCUGCUCGACGCUCACGCGCUGCUCCUGCUCCCGGUGUGAAUGCACUCAUUUGUUAACAUGGGCGCCGAAAAAAAUACGCGCUGCUCACGCGCCGCUCACGCUUGCGGUGUGAAACGGGCGUAACACUGCAGCCGGAGUUUAUGAAAAUCUUCACCGUGGCAGGAAUUUUCACAAAGUUCGGUUUCAGUGACCUGGUGCAGCGUUUGCGUGAGGACGAACGGCCAAACCGCAGAGAAAAAGCUGCUGUUUUGAAAAUAACCUCGUUCCUGUGGACGGCCAAUGAGCGCGCACGGUGAGCAUUCAAAUCAUAUUUAAACUGGAGCGGAGGAGGUUACCAUGGUAACAGGGCGUCAACUCACUCAGCUGACAAGAAGCAAGAGGCUGUCUCUCUGCUGUUUUCACUGCUUUCAGGUAAGUUUAGUCCUUAAAGUUACACAAAUAAUACAUACAACCAUUCCUGACACUUUCUU